AUGGAAAGUAAAGAAGAAAAUGAGAUGAGAGUGGCUGCAUUAUGCAAAAGCCUUGGGGACCUGUGGUCUAAGGAAGACGUAGUCGAAGUGUCUGAUGAAAUACCGCAACAGAAAAGGGAGGAAUGUAGCCGUACUCUCUUCGGUAAAUUGUACUCCAAACCAAAUGUGAACUAUCUUGCUUUCAUAACUACAAUGAAAAAAGCAUGGAAAAUAGAAGGGGUUAUAUGCUCUCAGAAUGAACCAGGGCACUUCACUUUCGUAUUUCCAACGGAGGAGGAAAAACAACGAAUAAUGAGGAACUCACCUUGGUCAUAUUCAACUAAUUUGCUCAUUCUAAAGCAGUGUCUCCUUGAAGUCCCUGAGCAUUGCUAUGAUUUCACUAAGGCAGCUUUCUGGGUGUGCAUUGGAGGAGUUCCCCCUGGUUGGAGAAUAAACAAAGUGUUCAAUGAUCUGGGGAAAAGGAUGGGAAAUGUAAUAGAAGUUCAACUCGACUCAACAACUAAUGCUCAGAACAGAGGAGGUAGAGUUAGAAUUGAGAUUGAUUUGACUUUACCUUUGAAAUCGGGAGCUAUUAUGGAUAUUGGCAAUAAUUGGCUAUGGGUGGAGUUCAAGUACGAGCGUCUCCCACAUUACUGUUUCUCUUAUGGCAAAAUUGGGCACUAUGCAACUGACUGCCUUGAAAUUCCAUAUGCAACUUUACCCGGGUAA